GAUACUACAUCUACUCCUAGUGAUACUACAUCUACUCCUAGUAGUGAUACUACAUCUACUCCUAGUGAUACUACAUCUACUCCUAGU